AAUCAAGAAUUCAAGGCGCAUCCCAAUUUGGAAACUACUUCAGGCUCGUGGUUAACAUACGAAUGAAUACCAAAUUCCAUCCACACACCACAUAACAACACAUAUCAUCGUCUCUCGCAACUUCUUCUCUUUUCUUGAAACUUCGACCACAUCCAUGGCUUCUCUCGUUACAAACGGAGUUCUUCCGAGCUUUUCUUCACAACCCAUUUCAGAAAACCCCAAAAUCUCAAAAGGGUCACCUUCGAGUUUCGAUUUUUCAUACAAAUCUGUUCAAUCGAAGCCCCGAAGCUCCAGGUUCUUGAAGCUCAGAGCAGAGGCAAAAACCGUUCAAUCGGACACAAUCACCGAAGGUAAUUCAUCCUCAUCUUCAAACGAUGAUGACCCACUUCAGAAAUUUCUUAAAAGAGAUUACAAAUGGGGGUUUAAUCAAGAAAUUGAUUCGUUUACGAUCCCCAAAGGGCUUUCAGAAGAAACAAUUAGGUUAAUUUCUUCAAGGAAAAAUGAACCUGAUUGGAUGCUUGAGUUUAGGUUAAAUUCUUAUCAUAAGUUUUGUCAGAUGACUGAGCCCAAAUGGUCUGAUAACGAUUACCCUAAAAUUAAUUUUCAAGAUAUUUGUUAUUAUUCUGAACCGAAAAAGAAACCGACUUUAAACAGUCUUGAUGAAGCUGAUCCUGAACUGAUUAAGUAUUUUGAUAAGUUGGGGAUUCCUUUGAAUGAAAAGAAAAGGUUGGCUAAUGUUGCUGUGGAUGCUGUUCUUGAUAGUGUUUCUAUUGCCACUACUCAUAGGAAGACUUUAGAGAAAUCGGGUGUGAUCUUUUGUUCGAUUUCGGAGGCGAUUAAGGAGUAUCCGGAUUUGGUUAGGAAGUAUUUGGGGAAAGUUGUUUCGACUGAUGAUAACUACUAUGCUGCUUUGAAUUCGGCUGUGUUUAGUGAUGGGUCUUUUGUGUAUAUACCAAAAGACACCAAGUGCCCGAUGCAGAUUUCGACUUAUUUUAGGAUAAACGCGAUGGAAACGGGCCAGUUCGAGAGGACUCUUAUAGUGGCUGAUGAUAGAAGCUUUGUUGAGUAUUUAGAGGGGUGUACGGCCCCGUCUUAUGACACGAAUCAGCUUCAUGCUGCUGUGGUGGAACUUCAUUGUAACGAGGGGGCUGAGAUCAAGUACUCGACGGUGCAGAAUUGGUAUGCUGGGGAUGAAAAUGGACGAGGUGGGAUUUAUAAUUUUGUGACGAAACGGGGUCUCUGUGCGGGUCGAAAAUCCAAGAUUUCUUGGACCCAAGUGGAAACGGGGUCUGCGAUUACUUGGAAGUACCCGAGUGUUGUGUUGGAGGGUGAUGAUUCGGUUGGUGAGUUUUAUUCGGUUGCGUUGACUAAUAACUACCAGCAAGCGGAUACGGGUACAAAGAUGAUUCAUAAGGGGAAGAAUACAAGAAGUAGGAUUAUUUCAAAGGGAAUUUCGGCUGGAAAUUCGAGAAAUUGUUAUAGGGGUCUUGUUCAGGUUCAAUCACGAGCGGAGAAUGCUAGAAACUCGUCUCAAUGUGAUUCGAUGCUUAUUGGUGACAAGGCGGCUGCUAAUACCUACCCUUAUAUUCAGGCCAAGAACCCGUCUGCUCGUAUAGAACACGAAGCAAGCACUUCCAAAAUCGGGGAAGACCAACUGUUUUACUUUCAACAAAGAGGGAUCGAUUAUGAGAGAGCCAUGGCUGCCAUGAUUUCCGGGUUUUGUAGGGACGUGUUUAACGAGCUUCCUGAUGAAUUUGGUGCUGAAGUUAACCAAUUAAUGAGCUUGAAGCUUGAAAACUCGGUUGGUUAAGAAUUGAAUCAUGCAAAAGUGUCCAUCUUUGAUCUGCUUUUAGCUUCUUGUGUGUGUAUAAAUGAAUCAGGUCAAAUACAUAUAUAAACAUAUAUGUAAACCUUAUAAGGACACUGCAGACUGUUUUCAUAUAUUGUAGUGGUGGUCACUGUAAGCUUGUUUUUAUGACUACUGUAAUAAGAUCUGUUAAAUCUCUUGCAAUCAUCUGCCCAUUUUACAUUUA